CUAGGAUGAGGAGGGAGGUGACGCACGCGCGAUACGGAUCAGUCCACUGGCGGCUAGACCCCCGCCCGGGCGCAGACAGCUGCAGAGUCCUCCGGCUGCUCCUUGGUGAAAAAUGGUCUCUGCAAUGGUUUCUACCAUGCUCUGUGGCCUAGUAUUUUGGCUGACGCUUGGAUGGACUCCAGCAUCCGCAUAUAGCCCACGGACCCCUGACAGGGUCUCAGAAACAGAUAUCCAGAGGCUGCUCCAUGGCGUUAUGGAGCAGCUGGGCAUUGCCCGACCACGGGUAGAGUAUCCAGCUCACCAGGCCAUGAAUCUUGUGGGCCCACAGAGCAUCGAAGGUGGAGCUCAUGAAGGUCUUCAGCACUUGGGUCCCUUUGGCAACAUCCCAAACAUUGUGGCAGAGUUGACUGGUGACAACAUUCCUAAGGACUUCAGCGAAGAUCAAGGCUACCCAGACCCUCCAAAUCCCUGUCCUAUUGGAAAAACAGUAGAUGAUGGAUGUCUAGAGAACACCCCCGACACAGCAGAGUUCAGUCGAGAAUUUCAGCUGCACCAGCACCUCUUUGAUCCAGAACACGACUAUCCAGGCUUGGGCAAGUGGGAUCUCAGCCUGGCUGAAGAGUUGCACCCUCUACACUUGGGGUUUUCCUCAUGUCUCCAUAUGAUUAGCCUUGAGUUAUGCCUUUCUGUGAUAAUUGCUGACGUCAGAAGACAUCAGAAGACACGUGAUGCCACUUUGUCCCAGAUUUGGUAGUGACCUAGUCUAAGUGAUGUCGGCCAGGUUUCUCAAGUGUAAAAUUACUAUUUUUCCCCCUUAAAAUUAAUAAUCUGUCAGGAGAUACUUUCAGACUGUAUACAUGUUCUCUCCCCAUGGAACCUUGCAGUCAACAAUUUUAGUCUCCAUUUAUGAUACCCGCCAGAAUCAUGGUAGUUGUCAAAUGGUGAUUUUUCAACUCUGUUACUCAUUCUACAUUUAUUGGUGGGCAUUCUGCUCUAAGCAAGGGUCUCCCCUCCUCCCCUAUUUAUUCAUUUAUGUAUUUAAAAAUUUAUUUAUUAUCAACAUGGAUUCGUGGAUUCCUAUUAUUACUUAUUUUGGUGUUCAGACUGUCCUAGAUUUAGCUAGUGGGAGUCUCCUAGCUGGCUUCUCUGUCCUUUUGACGUGACUCACCACUUUCUGAGCAUGUUCUUACUUUAUGGCACAAUUAGGUAUUCUAGCUUCAUUGAUCCUCGAACUUUCCCUGCCUUAGCCCUGGAAUCAGACCUUGGAGAAGUGUCCCUGGUUCCAUUUAGGAAUGGAAUUUGAAACCAAGAUCUGGGCAGUUGUCCAGAAUCUUGAUGGGACAAUGGAAAGCCCUUUUUGUGAACUUGAACCUGCAACUCAUGUGGAAAACAGGCUCACCACUCCCCCAACCCCACCCCACCUACAAGGAACGGGUGUCAGGGGAGGGGGCUGAGCGCUGCCAGUCUUCACCUUCCAAACCAUUCAAUAGCAGAGCUAGUCAGGAAUGCCCCAGGCCCUUCCAUGCACGCGUGGGAAAGCUUCAUCCCAGCUAAUCCUAACCCUGGCUCUUAGGCAAACCCAGGGACCAUCUCUGAGAGGAAGGCUUGCUAGACUUCUUGCACUUCUUUUAGAAGGAAGUCUCUUCAUGGGUAUCAUCUGCCCCAGGACCUUCUAAAGGAGAUGAACAACAAGGACGCUGCCUUUGCCCUGCUGGUGGCGCAGUGGAGCUUAGGCCCGGCAGAGGGGCUGCCCCACCCACCCUCCUGGCUCCAGGCCGCAUGCCCUCCCACGCACUCAGGCCCCGGACCCUGAUGAGACACAGGAAGAGCCUCUGUCCUCGCCCCCAGUCUCCCACCCCACCUCCCACCCCCACAGCCUUGGCACAGGCUCCCAGACGUUCUCUGUGCAACAGGAGUGGUUACGUCCCCGGAAAGGCAACUGCAGACGACAAGAAUGAGCCUCACGGCGAUGUGCUCAUUCUUCGAGGGUGUGAUCUGCACGUCUGCCUUUUCUCCCUUCCAGUAUUAGAUUGACCAGUUCCCCAAGUGAGCGGGAGACCAAGGCUGCAGCCAGUACUGGCCUUUCCAGCAGCAGAGGCCCCUUCACUCCCUGGCACCAUCUCCCUGCAUAGUUGAGGCUGGGCAAGAGAUACAUAUUGUAAAUUGCGGGUGGGGUAGAUUUUAAUGAACAUGAAAAUUAUGAAGCUCAUUCUUGGCAUUUGUCAUUUUCAUUUCCAAAUCUCCCAUUAAAAAAAAAAAAAAGACACUAUAUCCAAACAGUUCAGAGGAUAGAAGCAUUGUAAAAACUUGUUCCUUAACAGAACGCUGUCAUCUCUUUAAAAAAAAAAAAAAAGUCAGUAUAUUUUAUUUAGAGUAAGAUGAAUCAUCUCUUUUAUACAUUAUUUCCCUUCUGAUGAAAAAAAUCCAAUUAAAAAAACAACACAAAUAUGUCCCCCCAAUGGCCCUUCUCCCGUUCUGCCUUCAGAUUAAGUGUUCUGUCUUUUAUAAUUUCAGUAGAAGAAAAAUCUGCGGAGCAUGUGUCUGAUAUUCUAGAGCUCAUUUAAGCCCACUAUGUGUUUGAAAUACAGCAAUAUGUGGAAACACUUAUACAAACUGUGGUAACAGAGCCUGUUUUUUUUUUCCCCCAACAUCGCUUUCCUCCUGCCAAGAAGUUUUUUGGCAGUUUUUAAAAGGUUCACUCUAUUAAAAAUGUUAUAGACCAAAUGGUUUUCCGAUUGUCUUGACUGGGGGCACACACUGACUGAAGCCACAGGAGGAAAGGUCGUCGAAGUCAGAAUGUCUCCUUUAUUUACAUAGAGGAUUGUUAUUAAUAGUCAGACACUCCUCUAGAGAACAGUUUAUGUGUACGGCUCAUAAAAAGGGAGUUGGAUACAAAAGCAAAAUGAGAUAAAACUGUUUUAAACAAAGGCUGUUCAAACUGAGGAGUUGAGUUUCCCGUGCCCCGUGUGUUUUAGAAUGUCGUAUUUUCCUGUUUAUAUGAUUGUUGGUGACACUGGGGUGCCUCGGGGCAUUGCAAAGAACUUUAUUAAAAGCUACACAACCACCAGCUUUUCUCUUGUGGUCUAUCUUUCUGACACGACAUUCCUUUCAUCUAGCUUUGUUUCCAAAAUAUGUGUAUGCAAAUAUCCAGGGGGACACACCAGUAUUGCUUCUAAAAUAGACGUUCACCAAAUUUGAUCCAUACUUGUGCAUUUGUGUCUUCUUUUUCUCCC